UGUGGGAGGAAGCGUGUUUGGAGGGGAGCAGCGAAGGGUGCUGGAGAGGGUUCCCCACGUGCCUCACCACGUCCUGCGCCGUGUCACCUCCUCAUCACCGCACGACCUCUGCUGGUGUCCCUCCUGUCCUCGAUGGCAUCCCCAGUGCCUCGCCGCGUGCGCCUGCGCCCAUGGUUGGUGGCCCAGGUGGACAGCGGCCGUUUCCCAGGGCUGCACUGGUUGGACGUGCGGCGCCGGCUCUUUGUGAUCCCAUGGCACCACGCCACGCGGCACUUCCCGGCACACGGCGGCGAUGAUGACACCGUCUUCAAGGCAUGGGCAGCAGAGACAGGGAAGUUCCUUGCGGGGCGGGAUGAGCCGGAUCCUGCCAAGUGGAAGGCGACGCUGCGUUGUGCCCUCAACAAGAGCCGCGAGUUCUGCCUGCGCUACGAUGGCACCCGCGCUGUGCCCCCCCGGCCCUAUAAGGUGUACGAGGUCUGUGGGGCCGACGGAGCAGACACGGUGACCGGGGAUGACUUCAGCUGCGGUGGGGAGGAAGAGGAGGAGGAAGAAGAUGUCAGUGAGCUGCAGAAGCUGAUGUCUCUGAGCAUCGAUGACUGUGGGAUGGACCCAGUGCCCCCCUGGCACGAGGAGCACCCCCCGUUCAGCAACGCCGACCCCACAGUGCCCUUCAUGCCCCCUGAGCCACCCCCUGAGCUGACCUCACAGCUGCCCCCUGAGCUGAACCCACAGCUGACCCAACAGCUGCCCCCACAGCUGCCCCCCCCGGGACCCCCAGCACUCCUGGAACAUGGCGUCCCCAAUCUGCUGGCCAGCCCUCACCUGCUACCCCUGACGGACCUGGAGCUGCGCUUCCAGUACCGCGGGCGGCGGGUGAGCGCCCUGACCGUCAGCCACCCCCUGGGCUGCCGCCUGUCCCACGGGGGGUCCCUGCCCCCCACCCCGCAACGCCCCGACCUGCUGGGACACCCCGAGCUCCAGCAGGUCCCCUUCCCCGACCCCGAGGGGAUCCCGCACGACAAGCAGCGCCGCUACACCCGCACUCUGUUGGGGGCCAUGGAGCGGGGGCUCCUCCUGGAGCUGGGGGGACAGGACCUCUAUGCCACCCGCCUCUGUCGCUGCAAAGUGUUUUGGGAUGGGCCCUGCGCCCCACCUCAGGACCCCCACCUCGACCCCCAGCCCAACCCCAUGGAGAGGGAGAGGAGGGUCCAAGUGUUCAGCCUCCAGCGGUUCCUUGACGGGCUGAUCCUGUUCCAGAAGGGGCAGAGCCCAACACCGCCGCCCUUCGAGGUCUUCCUGUGCUUUGGGGAGGAGUGGCCCGACCACAGACCCAAGGAGAAGAAGCUCAUCACUGUGCAGGUGGUGCCAGUGGCAGCACGGCUGCUGCUGGAGCUGUUCUCAGGGGAGCUGUCGUGGUCGGCUGACAGCAUCCCGCUGCAGAUCUCGCAGCCCGACCUGAAGGAUGCCCUGGUGGAGCAGUUCAAGGAGCUGCACCGCCUGUGGCAGCAGCAGCAGCGCCCGGAUCCCGGCCCGCGGCCCCCGCUGUGACAUGGGGAUGGGGAGAAAAUGGGGUGUGUGGUCCUUCCUGGGGGGGGGGGGAGGAGGCUUUGGGGGCAUCCUUGCUGGUAUGGAGAUGGUGGAGCUCUGGGGACAGUUGGAGAACCGCAUCUGGAGCAUCACCAGACCUAGAACACUGCUGUAAUCAGAGUGCUGAGGCUCCUGGAGCACAUCUGGAACGCAUCUGGAGCACCACCAGACCUGGGACAUGGCCAGGACUAUGGCUGCUCCUGGAGCACACCUGUAAAACCACAUCUGGAGCGCCGCCUGACCUACGACGCUGCUGUGCCCAGAGCGCUGCCUCUUCUGGAGCACAUCUGGAACACAGCUGGAGCACCACCACACCUACAACACAGCCAUACCUGACUGCUGCUGCUCCAGGAGCACCUCUGGAACACACAUCUGGAGCACCACCUGACCCACAACAUCUCCUUAACCUGGAUCUUCGCUGCUCCUGGAGCACCGUGUAUAUUAAAAAAAAAAAUCAAAAAUAAAAACAAAUCACACCUGGAGCACA